UUUGUUUAAGUUUCCUACUCAACUAAUCAGCUAAUACUAUUAUUUUGUCACUUUCUCCCUCUAUAAAUUCUAGUACUAAUCCUCCAACACCACUUUGGCCUCAUUCAGUAUAGACCCAAAAAACAACAUCAUGGUAGGACACUUGAAAACUACUACAAAACCAAGUCGAAGUGACGAGGUUUUGAACACCGAGGAACAAAUCAAGAUCACUAAUCAAAUCAAAGCUCAAUUUGAUGCUUUAACACCAAAACGACCCAUCAAACCCAACAGAAGCGAACCUGAAACACAACAAAACCUCGUUGACUCCACUUUUCCUUCACACAACAUACAAGAGCUUGAAAAACUUCAAUCUCUUCAAUCAAAUUCUCAAACUAUACUUUCCUCAAAGGGAUUAGUGGAUACACAAGAUGAGUUUGUGGAAACAAAGUAUUACCAAGAGUUGUUGUCAAUUGAUAAACAACAUCACACGACAGGAAGUGGGUUUAUAAAAGCGGUUAAAGAUGGAGAUGAAGGUGAAUAUGGGAUUCAGUUACCUGCAAGCCACGGUGAAACCCAAUUUAGAGGUUAUAAAAGCAACCCUGCCACAAAUGACUGGGUUCCCAACCUUAAUCAUCAACAUAUGGACUAUGUGUCGUCUAAGCCUAAUAGGAGCGAGAGCACCUAGAUCUUGCUGGAUAAAACGGACUCUCUUGAAUCAUGCUUGUUUGUAUGUUUGUUCAUUUGGUGUUUGUAAGAGACGGUCACUGUGUUUGGUGGGACUACAGUUUUUGUUGUAGCGACGGAACUUGUUGUCCGGUUGCUUAUCUCUGUAUAAAUUAUGUUUAUAUGUUAUGUUGAAUCUUUAAAGGAGUUUCAUAGUGCUACAAUUUUUCGUGA